CCUUCUUUUGUUUUGACCUUGAGGAGGAGGCAUGUACUAGUAGGCUGGACAAGCCACUCCAUGGCCAUGCAAGGCCAACACCUGAUACAGCCAGUUCACCAACAAAAUUCAUUCACUAAUAAUCAACAGCUACAGUCUGCAAUGAAUCAACAGCAGCAGCAGUUAUUGCCUGCUUAGCACUGUCAAAUGCAACACUAUGAUAUGGUUGUUCAGCGCAUUAAAGACCUCAGGCAAUCAGGCACCACAAUAGAGACCUCCCCUGAACUUGCACAGCUUGUCAAUGUCUAUUCACAAACCCAAAUGAGUAAACAAUUGCAUCCAGACCAGCCACAGUCAAAUGGCCACCAACCACAACCACCUCCUUCCACUGAUGGUCUCAUUAAUGGUGCUGCUGUCAAUGGUCACACCACAAUAAUGGCCUACAGACUCAUCACCUGCAGAGCCCCCAUCCCAGACCACCUACAGCAUGCAAUUCAUGUUCCUAACACUGCUAUCCCAGAUCUCGAGAAGCUUCUCCAGGCCCCAGAUGCACCCUCCUGUAUAGUCGACAGUGCUGCUAAAAUACAGAAAGGCUACAUUGCCCUGCCCCCACCCACCGAAACACCUGUGCCAGUUGAAGUCAUAAAAGAAGAAGAGCAUGGUCCUCCCAUUGACCCUGCUGAUCUUCCCAAAGGUCCUUUCCUCGAAGAAGCUGUCAACUCGGGCAUCUACCCUUACAAUGCAUUCAAGCUUCCCUUCUCCCACCUCAAGCGCCCAGCCAAUAUUGACCCAACUAUGGUCGCAAUGCGCCUUCAGUGCCUCCUCAUCCCCUCCAUAAUGCCUGUAGGCCUCGACAUGCACCAGAUCAUCAAUGAACAUGAUCGCUUCAUAGAAGCAUGUGUCCAGCAGCGCAUUAAAGAGCUCAAGGAGAUUCCAGCCACCAUCGGCGAGGGCAACUUUGAUUCUCUGGCAGACAUUAUCCUCAGCUUGCACAAGCAAGAGCCUGCCAAUGACAACCAGCAACUCUCAGCGCUGUCCCCACAUGGGAAGCUACGUGCAAUGAUCAAGCUCAAGUCCCUCAAGGUGCCCGAGAAGCAACAUGCUAUGUGUGCAAGUGUUGCAGAGCACCUGACUCAAGGCACCCUGCUUCCACUCAACCGCGUGGACUUUAGAUGGACCUGCAAUCCCAUGCUCAGAGAUGCACACAUGACCAAGCAGGCAGAACGCAAGCAAUGUAUCGACCAUGAGAGGCGUGCAAAACACAAGCACGUCAAGCAGCUCAGCGUCAUCUGUCAACAUGGACGGGACAUCAUCGCUGUGAACUGUUCUGCACAAGACCGGGUCACGAAGCUUGGGCGUGCUGUGUUGUCAUUCCAUGCAUUCACUGAGAAAGAGGAGCAGAAGUGUAUUGAGAGGAUAUCGAAGGAGCAUUUGAAGGUGCUUAAGGCAGAUGAUGAGGAGGCAUAUAUGAAGCUUAUUGAUACAGCAAAGGAUACGCGCAUCACCCAUUUGCUGCAGCAGAUGGAUGCCUAUCUCGAUUCACUUGCACAGGCUGUCAUGGCACAGCAGAAUGAGUCUGGCCCAUUGGAUAUGAACUUUGACCAAGAGGAAGGCCCUGCAAACAAGGCCAUGUUGGGUGCCCAGGUCAGUGCUGAUGCCCAAGAUGACAAGGGCAAGGUGGACUAUUAUGCAGUUGCACAUUGCAUUUCGGAGAAGGUCAUGAAGCAGCCUGGCAUUCUUAUUGGCGGUCAGCUCAAGGCAACAUUGCUGUCAAAAUCCCUGCACAUCCAUGCCCUUGCUCGGCUACUAGUCACCCUUAAUUGA